AUGGAGGAAGCAAAAAGCAGCAAGGAUCUUAUGAAUGCCGGGGAUAUUUUCCGAGACGGCAAAGGCAUAUGCCCUGAAUGUAAUAUCGAACUGAUGGCUCCAAAAAACCUGUACGCUCACGUCAGGGACAUCCACUAUUGGCAGGAAAAAGAAGUCAUUGCCCUGAAAGCGGCAUAUAAGAGGAGCAAAAGUAAUGAAGAGAUUGAACUUCCCUGUGAAUGUGGACAAAUUUUCUUCUCCAAAAGAGGACUCCUAACUCAUCAGCAGGUUCUUCGGCUGGAUGAUGGCACUGUACAAUAUUUUGGAUGUAUAGGUCAUAUUGGGCAUCCCGUGACCACCGCCACUCCCACACUACCUUUGCAAGAUGAAGCUAUCAUCGUAGAAAUGAUGAAGAGUGGAUCGCCUCCUUCUGUUGCAUUUUUUCUCGGAUUGGAAAUCGAGCAGCUUUUGGGCCACUUUCCUUUUAAUGGUAUCAGCGGUGUUCCUGCAAAUGUUAUAGAGGAAUUCAUGACUCAUGUACGGAUGUUUAGCAGUCUGAUCGAUGAUACAGUAUCCAUAGAGGAGAAAGACGUGGUGACGUUGUUCAAUGACUGUUUAGUGGCAUAUUUCAAAGAUGUGGUAAAGGAACUGUUUUACGCAGAGAAGAGGGAAGCACAGGAAUGUACAGAUGCCUAUUGUAUUGGCGAUCAAGUAAGGCGACGGCCCGAAGAGAAAUAUCCCGUAACAGGCUUGGGGAACUUACCCGAUGACAUAUUGAGGAAUAUCGUGGAUCGUAUUCGGUCAUACGGAAUUGUCAUAGAGAAGGAGUUUUCUGUGGACAGUGUCAUUAACUUCUAUAAUCUCUGUAGAACCAAGUUCUGUCCGAAUGCUGAACCGCCGGACCCAGACGCCUGUUCAUAUUCAACUGAAGAACGUGAUGAGCAAAAUACCAAAUGGACGUCCGUCCACAAGAAGCUUAACAACAGUAAACAAGGCGCAGCUGAUGGAAUCAGGAAAGCUAUGUUGAAAUCAGAUCCAAACAAAAGCUUCAAAGAUUUGGCCAAGGAGGUCUUUUCAUCUCCUCCCACUAAGAAGAAGAGAGGAGAAGGGCCUUCUUUGAAAGUUGAAGAUACACUGGAUGAAAGUCUUCGUCAAGAACAGGAAGCAUGCAGCCGUCUCGAGAUCUGUUCCUCACUUUAUCUUAGGAAUAAACUAAAAGGAUUUUUGGACCGGAUAGUAGUUUAUGAGGAAGAGUGGAUCAUAUAUGACCACAAAAAUCCUUUUGCACGUAAACCUUCCAAAAAUUCCGUGCCUGCAACAGCUAGCAUUGCAAAAGAGGAUACAAAACCGAAAGAGAUCAUUUCAUCGAAAAGAAAAGCUUUGCUAUCAGUGUGGUGGUCAUCUUCCGGUGUAAUAGUUCACAAAGUACUAACAAGGAGUCCUAGGCAAGUUGGAAGAGCGUUUGCUUCGUACAUCCAUCACAUGAAAAGGAAUUUAAUCAAACAGCAACUGUCACUUGCGCUUGGACCUGCCCCGAUAUUUCUCUACGAUACUUCCAGUGAAUACCUAGCAAACUCGAUGGUUGAAACCCUCUGCCGAUUUGGUUUUGAAUGUUUACCGUACCCUUGUAAUACACCGAUGCUCUCACCUCAUGCGAAUUAUGUCAGCUCCAAUUUUGCUAGUUAUUUGAGUGAUAAGAAGGAGAUUGAAGAUUUGAGUAAAGCAUUUUGUGAUUUCGUCAAAUCCAAGUCGCCAAGUUUUUUCAAAGAUGGAUUAAGUGAGCUUCCAGUACGUUGGGAAAGUGCCCUAUCCUAUGUCGUGGUUGGAAUUAAUACUAUAGAAGAGAGUAAAAAGAUCUUUAAAUUUUUGAGAUUAAAUGGAUUUAAGGAUGUUUUGAUUUACAGUCAUUUCCCUGAAAUCAGGGGAACGGAAUUGCCUGUUAACAUGCAGGAACCAAAAACAGAAACACAUCCAUAUUCUCGCGUCUUGGGACUUCCAAGUCCGUUGGGCAAGGGAUCCUAUCAGAACUCGAGUGAUGAACUAUUGGCCGAUCAAGAAAGCUCAUCUAAAGCCGCUGAGGAGUCAAAAGGGACUGGUUUUUGUUGUGUUCUGUGUGGCAAAAUACGACCGCUGCUCGAUGCUCGCAACUCACUGAAAAAGGCGGAGCAAAACAUUAUAUUCCUCUCUUGUUUACUGAUGGAAAAUACGAUUGACAUGGAGACAGCAACCAAACUAUACAAGGAGACUUUUCAAUCAUUAAGGCGCCUUUGUCAGAAGCACUUCAUCCGCGCUGCUGCUUUCAUAGGGCGAGAAAUUAAAGAAAUGACUGGACGUUUCCCUGUGUAUGGUCUUCACAAUGUUCCUAAAGACAUACUGGAAGUUUUUCUGGGACACAUACAAGUAUUCGGAGAUUGCCUCGACGAGAAAGUUGUUCUUGAGAUAUAUGACGUAAUCAGGUUCUUCAAUGAUUGCUUGGCAAGAUAUCCUAAUGCAGAAGAGUGGGGAGUUGUUGAAAUGAUAUAUAAACCGCCUAUUCCACGGAAACGAAAAGAGGUGUUGCAUUUGUCACCGUCAUUAGAUGUUCCUGAUAAGAUCAAACCAUGUCAAAGCGAGACUGGGGACAAUGUGAUUUCAGAUUGUGGUCGAUCACCACAGUAUGCUGAAGCGAAACAAGAGCCUCUGGAGUCUGACGGAAUAUCGGCUGCCUACUUGAUGUUGAAUCAGUCAACGCAAUCACCUUGUUCAUCAACGUCAUUCGACUCUAUGUCUUCGAUGAACAAAGAGCCUAGCGACGAUUAUCAGCAACCGUCAACAACAGGUGCAAGCUGUCAAGGGAGUUCGAAGUCCGGUACGCUACAAAACGGCGGCGUGUUUUCUGUGAAAAUCCCAUGCAGAACUUCAGACAAUCGCUCGCGUAGCCCAUAUGUGGAAACGGAUUUCCGACAACGUUUUCGAAUGUCGCGAAGUACAUUCAAAAAAUUAUGCGAUGCGUUGGAGCCCUACCUUCUAAAUCGAUUUAAACAUGGAACGAAAAGCUCAACUGCUAUAAGAGUCGGCACUGCACUUGAAAUUCUGGCAGGAAAGAGUUUCCUAGAAGAAGCAGCAGAUCCUACAGAUGUGACUGUGCCGGAGAUUUUUUCCGAUGUACUAGAGGCAUUAUUGGAUUGGUCGGGGAAGAUGAUUCAGUGGCCCGGUGAAGUAGAACUGAAACGUAUCAGUAAGAGUUUCUCAGAAUUGACGGAUAUAGACGGUAUUGUUGGUUGUCUCGAUGGAACAAUAGUGGAGCUUCUGAGCACUUCGGAUGCGUCAGAAAGCAGUUCAUGCCAUGCUCUCAAUGUCAGCGUGGUGACGGAUGAUCAAAAUAGGAUCCGUUGGGUGUUUGCCAAAUACCGUGCCGACGUUGAUGACAACUCGGUAUUCAAACGUAGCUUGCUUUGUGAGCAACUAAAAGAGGGGAUAAAGAAAGGAAUUCUGAUCGGUGAUGAUGAAUAUGUUGAAGAGCCGUUUCUAUUGACGCCAAGUGGACAAUCUGAUCCUGUGCGAGCUGACAAGUUGAGGAAAACGCAACGCAGAGUGCAAGAAACGAUUAAAAACUGGAAGAGGCAGUUUCCAAUCCUGUCAAGUAACAUGAAGACAUCAAAAGUGGCGAGAAUCAUCGUAGGAACUGCAGCUUUAUACAACCUGACGAGGAUGGAGGGUGAACCAAUUUUCACCAAAGAGGACGACGCUGAUCUGGAUAUGGCUACCACGUUAGCAGGCUCUCAGCAAGAAGAUAGUGGCUGA